AUGGAUUGUUCAUCAUGGAUUAACACUUCCUUGGACCUCAACAUUAAUCCACGCAGAGUUCAUGAAGAAGUUCCCAAGGAGAUAGAAAGCAAGCCUUUCUCGCUGGGAAUGCCACCCAAGUAUAACGUGGAAGAAGAGUCUACCAGUGACUUGGAGGAGGAACUGAAGCGGGUGACGGCAGAAAACAAGAAGUUGGCUGAAAUGCUCUCGGUGGUGUGUGAGAACUACAACACUUUGAGAAGCCAUUUGAUGGAAUAUAUGAGCAAAAAUGGUGAGAAGGAGACCAGCCCAACAUCAAAGAAAAGGAAGUCUGAAAGCAUAAAAAACAAUAGUAUUUGUGUGAUGGGAAAUAACAAUGGGAACUCCGAGAGCAGCUCCACUGAUGAAGAAGAAUCUUGCAAGAAACCCAAUGAAGAAACCAUCAAAGCAAAAAUUUCAAGAGUUUAUGUCAAGACCGAAGCAUCUGACACUACCCUUAUUGUAAAAGAUGGAUACCAGUGGAGGAAAUAUGGGCAAAAGGUGACCAGAGAUAACCCUUGUCCAAGAGCAUAUUUCAAAUGCUCUUUUGCUCCAAGUUGCCCUGUCAAAAAGAAGGUGCAAAGAAGUGUGGAUGAUCAAUCUGUUCUGGUGGCCACUUAUGAAGGGGUGCACAACCAUCCCCAGGCUUCUUCCCAGAUGGAGGCAACAUCACGUUCUGGCCGUAGUGUGACCCUUGCUUCAGUGCCUUGUUCAGCAUCUCUCAACACUUCCACUCCAACACUUGUUACCCUUGACUUAACAAAAUCUAAGGGCAGCAACGAUUCCAAGAGCACGAAACCAAAAGUGGAUUCACCUAAAGUACAACAGGUUUUGGUGGAACAGAUGGCAACUUCUUUGACCACGGAUCCUAAUUUCAGAGCAGCACUUGUUGCUGCCAUCUCAGGAAGAUUGUUGCACAAUAAUUAA